UUUUUUAAAAUGUCUUCAAAUAAGACGACUACCACUACCUCCGGAAGUGAUUCAGCCGAAGAUCAUGUCGUCAGACAACAGUGUCUGUCGUUGUGUCGACAAUAUGUCGGCGGAAGUGUUUGGUCCAGAAAAACAACUCCUAAUAAUAAUAUUGUUGUCAAACAAUUGACUGGCGGUCAGACACAUAAAGUCUAUUUGUGUCGGAAAUUGUUGGCCACCGAUGUCGACACCGAUGCCGACACUACCGAAGCUACUGAUGAUGAUAAACAACUGGUGAUCCGUUUGAAUGCCAAAAGCUAUUGUCUGGGCCAUCAACAAGACUAUAAAGACUAUAUAUUGGCGCCAUUGUUAGCCCAGUUAGGUUUGGGACCUAAAAUCUACGGGAUUUGUCCGUUAGGUCAAGUGUUGAAAUACUAUCCGCACCGACAUUUCAAUGACGAUGAUAUGAAAAACAAUCAUCGAUUAGUUGAACAGUUAGCUAAAUUGUUGGCCCAGUUUCAUCAAUUGGAUGUACCCAUAAGUAAACAUAGCGAUUGGGUACUGGACUUAACUAAAUCAAGUUUAGCUAAACUUGAGAUCAUUGAGUCUAGACUUCAACAAAAAUUUCAUGAAUAUAAUUGUAAAAAUUUACAAUCAUUUCAUCUGAAAUUGGAGAUCCAAUGGCUAAUUGAAUCGCUUGAAAGCUAUAUGUCCUCUACUACUACUACUGCUAGUGGUGUCGACACCACUAUCACUGCCACUGCCGACAGGUUUGUCUUAACACACGCGGACUUCCGAUGCGAUAACAUAUGGGUAGUCACUGAUGAUGACGGCUCAGGUAGUAGUAGUAGUAGUAGUAGUAGUGAUAGUAGUCUAAUGUUAAGCGAUUUCGAUCACACAUCCUAUGGUAGCCGUGGCCUAGAUUUUGGUCAACUAUUCAGUGAGUUUAUCGUCAGAAAAAUGCCAAUAGAUUUUCCCGACGACCAACUAAUGCGUCGAUUUAUUGCCGACUAUAUCCGUGAAAGUAGUCGACUUCGCGACAGUCACGGCAGUGACCAAAAGUGGUCACAACGACCGAUCAAUUCAGUCGAUUCUAUGCUAAAUGAAUGUAAAUUUUUUAUAAUAGCCUAUCAAUUGAUGAUAAUGUUUGUCAUUAUUAUUAUGAUUGACGACGACUUCAAUGAUAUGCCGUUAGACGAAAAAACUUCAUAUGCAAUUUGUGAGGCAUCGAUUGGUAACUAUAUUGAACUUAAACGUAAAUUUAUUUCAAUCAAAAAAUAA